AUGGUGGAUGGGGUGAGAGUCAUCUUUCAUCAAGAACCAAGAUGGACUGCAUCUUUCAUCAAGAACCAAGCUAAAGAAUGUUUUAGAGCAUACACAAAUCUGGAUAGGGAGAAAUCACACAUAGUGAACAGUGCAUGGGCAAUGUUGGCGCUCAUGAAAGCUGGACAGGUGGAAAGAGAUCCCACUCCACUGCACAAAGCUGCAAGACUUAUCAUGAGUAUGCAGCUCGGCAAUGGUGACUUCCCACAGGAGGUGACUGCUAAGUGUCCUCUGUAUUAUACAAUUCACAUUUUAAUCUUGACAUUCCCUGUUAUAAUGGCGUUAAGCAUAAUGAAGCAAUAA